GAAGUUUCUAGUCCCUCCUGGCUUCCCGUUCUCCAGGCCCGGGGGGCGGAGUUAGCUAGCGCCGCCAUAUUGAAUGAGCAAUCGGGCGCCUAAGGGGGUCGGUGUGUUGCAGACAGUUCUGCAGGGCACCCUCGGAGGCUCUAGGGAGAAGCAACAUGUUAAGGAUACCUGUAAGAAGGGCCUUAGCAGGCCUUGCUAAGUCUCCUAAAGAAUAUGUUCGGACAACUGCCACAGCAGCAAGCAACUUGAUUGAAGUAUUUGUUGAUGGUCAGUCUGUCAUGGUGGAGCCGGGAACUACCGUCCUUCAGGCUUGUGAAAAGGUUGGCAUGCAGAUCCCUCGAUUCUGUUAUCAUGAAAGGUUGUCAGUUGCUGGAAACUGCAGGAUGUGCCUUGUUGAAAUCGAGAAAGCUCCCAAGGUUGUAGCUGCUUGUGCCAUGCCAGUAAUGAAAGGUUGGAAUAUCCUGACAAACUCAGAGAAAACUAAGAAAGCCAGAGAAGGUGUGAUGGAGUUCUUAUUAGCAAAUCACCCACUGGACUGUCCUAUCUGUGAUCAGGGAGGCGAAUGUGAUCUGCAGGACCAGUCCAUGAUGUUUGGAAGUGAUAGGAGCCGAUUUUUAGAGGGGAAACGUGCUGUAGAGGACAAGAACAUUGGGCCAUUGGUCAAGACCAUCAUGACUAGAUGUAUACAGUGUACUCGCUGCAUCAGGUUUGCAAGUGAGAUUGCAGGAGUAGAUGAUUUGGGCACAACAGGCAGAGGAAAUGACAUGCAAGUUGGCACAUACGUUGAAAAGAUGUUUAUGUCCGAACUGUCUGGGAAUAUCAUUGAUAUCUGUCCUGUGGGUGCCCUGACCUCUAAGCCCUACGCCUUUACUGCCCGGCCUUGGGAAACAAGAAAGACUGAAUCCAUUGAUGUCAUGGAUGCAGUUGGAAGCAAUAUUGUGGUAAGCACAAGAACUGGGGAGGUGAUGAGGAUUCUGCCUAGAAUGCAUGAGGACAUCAAUGAAGAGUGGAUCUCUGACAAAACCAGAUUUGCCUACGAUGGGCUGAAACGUCAAAGGCUUACCGAGCCGAUGGUCAGAAACGAAAAGGGGCUUUUAACCUACACCUCCUGGGAGGAUGCGCUCUCUCGUGUAGCUGGAAUGUUGCAGAGUUUUCAAGGCAAGGAUGUGGCAGCAAUCGCAGGUGGUUUGGUGGAUGCUGAAGCCCUAGUAGCUCUCAAAGAUUUGCUUAAUAGAGUGGACUCUGACACCCUGUGCACCGAAGAGGUCUUCCCCACUGCAGGGGCUGGCACAGAUUUGCGUUCCAAUUAUCUUCUUAAUACUACAAUUGCUGGUGUGGAAGAGGCAGAUGUUGUCCUUCUGGUUGGUACAAAUCCACGUUUUGAGGCACCACUGUUUAAUGCUAGAAUUCGGAAGAGCUGGCUUCAUAAUGAGUUAAAAGUGGCCCUUAUAGGCACCCAAGUGGAUCUCACUUACAGAUAUGACCAUCUGGGAGAUUCCCCAAAAAUUCUUCAAGACAUUGCUUCCGGUAGCCAUCCAUUCAGCCAGGUCCUAAAGGAAGCUAAAAAACCUAUGGUGGUUUUAGGCAGUUCUGCACUCCAAAGAAAUGAUGGGGCAGCAAUUCUUGCAGCUGUCUCCAGCAUUGCUCAGAAGGUUCGGACAAGCAGUGGCGUUGCUGGUGACUGGAAGGUUAUGAAUAUCCUCCACAGGAUUGCAAGCCAAGUAGCUGCUUUAGAUCUUGGCUAUAAACCUGGGGUGGAAGCAAUUCGAAAGAACCCUCCCAAAGUGCUCUUUCUCCUAGGAGCAGAUGGAGGUUGUAUCACUCGGCAGGAUUUGCCAAAGGAUUGUUUCAUUAUUUAUCAAGGCCAUCAUGGUGAUGUUGGAGCUCCUAUAGCUGAUGUUAUUCUCCCUGGCGCUGCUUACACAGAGAAGUCUGCUACUUAUGUCAAUACUGAGGGCCGAGCUCAGCAGACUAAAGUAGCAGUGACACCUCCCGGCUUGGCAAGAGAAGACUGGAAAAUUAUAAGAGCCCUCUCGGAGAUUGCAGGUAUGACUCUUCCAUAUGAGACUCUGGAUCAAGUAAGGACCAGAUUGGAAGAAGUCUCUCCUAAUCUUGUUCGAUAUGAUGACGUUGAAGGAGCUAAUUAUUUCCAGCAAGCAAGCGAGCUCUCCAAGCUAGUGAACCAGCAACUUCUUGCUGAUCCUCUUGUGCCCCCUCAGCUGACAAUAAAAGACUUCUACAUGACAGAUUCGAUCAGCAGAGCCUCACAGACAAUGGCCAAAUGUGUUAAAGCUGUCACGGAGGGCGCCCAGGCAGUGGAGGAGCCAUCCAUAUGCUGAAACUGCUGGGAACCCAGUUUUGUCACAGAUGCUUAAUGGACAGUUAUGUGGGAGUGAUCUCUUAGAGGUUUAUCUCUUUAAAACAUAAUUGGAAUGAUAUAAUAUUUAAGGUUCUGCCAUGCUCAUUUGGAAAUAAUGUUGCAGCUAUCAAAGAACUUUGAGGUUCCAAAAAAUUUAUGUAUUGUGUGUAAACAUUAAAUAGUUUAAUAAAACAUGUAUACAGAU